AGGGGCGUGGUGAAUCUCGGAAGUGUAGGGCGGAGCUUCGCGGCAGCGUUUAGCGAGCACAAAACUUGUUCUGUGGGUUUAUGUUCAGCCUUCAUGACUCCAAAAUGGGAGCUGGUAUCUCUACCUCGAUGGGAGAUGACGGCAUACUGGAUUUUCUCCUUCUCCUCCCAUCUCUAUUCUUUCUACCAGUUACACAGGUUUUCUAAAGAGCAUGAGGUCAGUCUGGACAGAGAGGUGCAGCUGGAGAGAGGAUUCCUUAUAUGGGGAUUCAAGAAGGACCCUACUGAUUUUGAGUGGAGUUUUUGGAAUGAGUGGGCGUGGAGAUCUCUUCUGUGGUCUCUAAUUGGCCAUGCUGUGGUGUCCAGAUUGGCGGGUCAUUUUCUGCCUCAGUUCCGACUGGCAGUCUUAACGGCGUAUGGCGUCAUCUCAGCUUGUUGGCUUCUCGGAGUGCAGGGUUUGACUCUUUUGAUGCUGCAUCUGAGCAUCUCAUUGGUGGUUGCUCAGCUACGUAGCCCCAUCCUCUCAUGGUUUUGCACCCUCCUGCUGCUCUGCACACUCAAUGUCACUGCCCUCCAGGAUUUACAGCGUGGCUGGUACACUUCUGAGGACCAGUACUACCUCUUGCUCUUUAGUACUGCUGUUUGCAGUUUGCGCUGCAUUAGCUUUAGUCUGGAGUCGUGCUGGCGCCCUCUGAAUACCGGAGGACCAAACCACUGUUCCCAUCUAGAGGAAAAAGGACUGAAGACUCUAAUUUUUCAGUUCUACAAGCUGACAGCCUACUGUUUCUAUCACCCUCUGUUUUACAACGGACCCAUUGUGACCUACAGAGACUUCAGUGAACAGAUGGAAAGGCCAGUGUGUAAAGUCUCUGUGGUGUAUGUGUUGAGUGGAAUACUGCGUGUGUUUGUCUGGUGGUGUUUAGCCGAAUUCAUGAUCCACUUCAUGUACAUGCACGCUAUUCAGAGCAACGAAACCUACCUGGAGAUGCUGCCGCCCUGGGCGCUGGGUGGUUUGGCUCUUGCGUUGGUCCAGUUUUUUUACGUAAAGUAUCUGGUUUUGUUUGGAGCGGUGUCUCUGCUUGUUAGAUUGGACGGACUGGAGCCGCCCAGGUUACCACGCUGUGUCAGCAUCAUGUACAGCUUCACUGGGAUGUGGAGACACUUUGACGUGGGGCUUUACAAAUGGCUCAUCAGGUACAUAUAUGUACCAGUGGGUGGCUCUCGUCACGGUGUGUUCCGGAAGCUCGUCUCCACAGCGCUGGCGUUUGGGUUUGUGUGUUUCUGGCAUGGUUGCCAUGACUACCUGCAGUACUGGGCCUUGCUGAACUGGAUUGGGGUGUUGGUGGAGAAAGUUCUCGCAUUCCUUUUCUCCUCUCGUCCUCUUCAUCACGUUAUUGUGCGGUGUCUGUCACCUCGGAUGCAGAGGCGUGGCCUAGCGCUUAUCUCCUCCCUCUCCACUGCUUUUCUGAUUCUGUCCAAUCUGUUUUUUCUGGGUGGGAUCCAUAUGGGCAGAAUCUUCUGGAAGAGGGUAUUUGUUCAAGGCUGGUCUUCUGUGGCCAUUCCAAUGGUUGCUUUUCUGUAUUGCUUUGCUCAAGUUGGUAUUGAGUGGGACAUGAGAUGACGACACACCGCUCAGAGUGGAAUCAUGGAAAGACAAAGAUUCUCACAGAUAACACACUGGUUUUUGGAGCUUUUCCUUGGUUUGGACCAAUCACAAUGUGGACAACCAGCAUUCCUAUCAACUCCUACAAUAUCAUGUGUUUGUAUAAUAGCUAUGCUGUAUUUGACCAGCGCGUGUGUGGAAAUGAAAUGGCGUGUGUGCGCCAGGUGUGUUUUUGAUGGUUAAUCCUGUAGCUGCUUUAUUUAUGAGUUUGUCAGAACACUGAUGGUGACACAUGUCUCUGAUCAGCGGCCAGGAUACAGCUUGACCAUUGCUCUCUCUCUCUCACUCGUCCCUCCAUCUGUGUAGAUUUCCAUCCUCUCGUUCAUUUUGUCCCUCUGAUCUUUCUUGUCCUGAUCUCUCCGUCUCGUCUCAUGUUUUUAUCCAUCAUUCUGUCUUUCUCCUUGUGUAUAUAUUCUUCUAUCUUCUUACUAACAGUUCAAGCUGCUCUGUGUGCUUAAUCACUGACCUGCUAGCCUGAAGUUUCUCCUUUAUUAGAGAGAGGCAAGACAUGCGUAUGUUUCAGUGUUAGGGGGGAUUACACUUUAAAGAGCUUUAUCUCAGCAGCGUACCUUUAUCAGUAUCAGAUUAAUCAUUCAUAAUCCCUUCACAAAAAUCUUCCACUCUCUGUUUCAAUUUUAGUGUGCUUUAUUGACAAGAUAAAACUGUAUUACUGCAUUACCACAUAAAUAGUUUUUUUAAUUCAAAUAAAAAAGUAAAAUGCAAAGAAAAUAAAGUGUAAAUAUAUAUAUAUAUAUAUAUAUAGCAUCAGUUUGCUAUGAUUGCAGUCUCUCUCUCCAUCUCUUCUCUGUGAUUUGAUGUUAUUUUAGUAGAUGGUAUGGCAGAGGUCAUGCAUGACCUGCCCUUUCUGUGAGUCAUACAGAAAUUACUCAGACAUCACAAGUUACACAGGUCCAUUAUGUGCAUAUGUGUGUGCUUCUCAACACAGGUCGCUCUGCUAUUAAUCAGCGUUGAUUAAUUGUUAUGUAACACUACACACUCUUCAAAGUGUACAUAAUUGCAGUUACAAAUGUAACAAACUCAGACUUCCCCUCUGCUUCAAGUUAGCAGCAAUGUCCAUUUACAAGCCAUUAUUUUUGUAAUGUUUGUAUAGGGAUAUACCCAAUUCCAAAUACCCUAUUUAGAAAGGAAAUGACGUGUACUUUGGAACCCCUGAAGGUAAUAAAUACGAGAUGGGAGGAAAAAUAUAUUUCAGUGCUAAUUCUCUCGCAGUUAUGUCUUUGGGUAAUUAUACUGUAUAUAAACUGGGUGCAUCAGGGAGCCGAUAUUAAUAUGCGGGGUAUUGAAAUCUGUUUUGAAUGCGCCUUAGCUUACUUUCCAGAUUCGCGUUCACGCCUACUUUGUUUAUACUACUUACCACACAUUUAACAAUAUUUGGUGUAUGCCGGUGCUGCACAGGAUCUGCAAAUCAUUCGCCAUUGUCUCAUCAGUCAUCUCUCCUUAUGUGGUAAGUGAAAUUUUAAGUACUGUGCAGGCUAAGCGGGGUUAAGUUGGUUUUGUUUUCAAUAUUCGUGACACAUUCAGCGAUAAACACCAAUAACCUACAAUAUGUGUUUUAUUGUUAUUAUAUUGUAAUAUUAUUGUUUUUAGUAACUGAACUGAUA